CAAUUAUUGAUCCUUAAAAUGGACUGAAGCAUUUCCAGAGGGAGGGACGGAUCAGGCUGAACCAUUAACUGAAAAACAAACCAUUUGCCAAAAUAAACACUGAUGGGGGGGGGGGUUCUCUCCACCACUAAAGACCACAGCACGCAUGUCUUCAGUCACUUAUUCAUGCUCAGACAUCAGUCACCUGCUGCUUCACACAUCCGUCCACCUGUCCAGCCCUCCAGGUGUCCGUCAGACUGUUCUUUCAGAUGGAGCUGAACCUCAGACCCUGAACACAGCACGUGAAACCUGUUUAUAUUAUUAUUAUUAGUAUUAUUAUUAUUGUUGUUGUUUUUGUUAAAUUAAGCUGUGUGGUGCAGCCCGACAUCAAAAAUCUGUUUUAGAAAGUAUUUGUAAAAUUUUUAAUUUGGAACAAAAAAAAAAAACACAUUAAAAUAAUCUGAGAGACGACUCACAAGAUGGGCUUCAGUGAGCUGCUGCAGGAGGUGGGUGGGUUUGGCAGGUACCAAUGGAUCCAUGUGACUCUGAUCAGUUUACCUGGUUUGCUGAUGGCGAGUCAGAACCUGCUGAACAACUUUGUCUCAGGAAUCCCCUCCCACCACUGUCGCCUGCCGGCCAAUCACAGCCUCUACAACACAUCCCACCUCCAGGGAGUUUCCCCCAGCUUCUUCACCAUCGUCUACAUACACCUGCGGGCCAGCAUCUUUGCAGCCACACAGCUGAUCGCAGAGGUAACUAACAGACUCGAUGCCAUCUCACCCGACGCACCUAAAUUUAUUCUGGGAGACUUUAAUCAGUGCCAGAUACACAGGACUCUGAAGACGUCCCUGCCCAUGCCUCCCUUUGGAGCGUCUUACCACAGCAGUGUCCUGCUGAUGCCGAUCUACAAACCCAUCUGUCUUCUCAUAGGUUUAUCAGUCUGUCCUCCUGACUGUCUCCACCUGUCUGUCUCUUCCUGUCUCUCUGUCUCUACAUGUCUGUCUCUAGAGGUGGAGUGGAUCCCGACCAAAGAGAGGACAUUAGUGGGGACACUCACGUCCUUCUUCUUCACCUUUGGUCAGAUGAUCCUGGCGGGGCUCUCCUAUUGGCUGAGAGACUGGAGGAAGCUGCAGGUCACUGUCUGCGCUCCUCAGUUCCUGUUUUUUGCCUGGAGCUGGUGGUACUCAGAGUCGGCUCGAUGGUUGGUGCUUAACGGUCGGUCUGAGGAUGCGUUAAAGAGUCUUCAACGAGUCGCUCGAGUCAACGGGAAAACAGAGACCAUCGACAAGUUGACGGUGGAGGUUCUUCACUCUCACAUGAAGAAGGAAAUUGAGUCUAGUCGUUCUUCGUUGACAGCGUAUGACCUGCUGAGGACACGAGGGAUAAGACGGAUCUCCAUCUGUCUGCUCGCUGUCUGGUUCUCCACCAGCUUUGCGUACUAUGGGAUUGCGAUGGAUCUUCAGAAGUUUGGGGUGAGUAUCUACCUUAUCCAGAUCAUCUUUGGAGCUGUUGAUAUUCCCGCCAAAAUUCUGGCUGUGGGCAUGCUCACUUACCUGGGGAGGAGGGUCACUCAGGCCACCUGUCUCUUUAUGUCCGCCCUCGUCAUCUUCGCCAACAUCUUCGUCCCCACAGGUGACACACACACACACACACACUCACACACACACGUCUCACACACACACGUGAGACAGCAAGUGUCUCUCAGGUGUCUCUCAGGUGAGACAACAGGUGUCUCUCAGAUGUCUCUCAGGUGUCUGUCAGGUGUCUCUCAGGUGAGACAACAGGUGUCUCUCAGGCAUCUCUCAGGUGGACAGGUGGACACAAACACCUGGUGGGCCCAACAUGGAUCCCUGGAGGACUCCAGAGAGACAGGAAGUCAGGAUGUCUCAUGUCCUGUGAGACAACGCCGUCCCCGAGGCUGCUGGGAGUUAAUCAGAUCAUCUAUUGAUCUCAAGGUGUGUGUGUGUGUAUGUGUGUGUGUGUGUGUGUGUGUUUGCAGGCAGACAGGAAUGGGAUUUGUGUCAACCAUGGCAAGAGUCGGCAGUAUGGCGGCCCCCGCCGUCCUAAUCCUGGACGAGGUGUUCCCUGCUCUGCCCAGUGUGGUAUAUGGGGGGGCUGCAGUGCUGGCCGGCUGCUUUGCCUGUUUCCUGCCAGAGACGCUGAACGUGCCACUGCCUGAAACCAUCAAUGACGUGGAGGAGAAAUGGUCUAGGUUACGCCCCGCCCCCAGACGGGAAGAAGGCGUGUCUUUAAAAGAGGGUGGUGACUCGUGUAUUGGGGGCGUGGUUUCUGCUGAAAGCGUUGCUUUAAAAGAGCUGAAGGAGGCAGAAGGGAUCGGACUGAACGCCCUCUGAACAAUUAGAUGGCUGGACAGAUCUUGGACCAAUCAGAUGGCUGGACAGAAGCUGGACCAAUCAGACAGCUGGACAGAGCCUGGACCAAUCAGACAGCUGAAGUCGUUAAUAAUGAACCAGUGAGAAUCAGAUGAAUGACAGGUCUCACUGGAAGUAGAAAUUAAUUAGAUAAAACGUUUCAGAUGUAAACAUCUUCUGAUCAGUCUGAUUAUUGAUUAUUAAUCAGAUGUUUGUUCACAGCAGCAGUGAUGUUUAGUUUCUGUCGAUCAAUAACCGACCUAAUAAAACUGAUUAAUAUCA